AUGAACCAAUUCAAGACCUUUGAUUAUGGCUCGGUGGGACUACGGACGGCAUCAACCGAGAUCCGGCUGCUAGAUCUCUACCCCUCACAGGGCUUGGUAGAUAGCCCUCUGAUCGGUCGUCUGUACUCAACCUCCAUCAAGAACCCUUCGCCCUAUACCGCUCUCUCGUAUGUUUGGGGAGUAGGCAACAAAACUCAGUCCAUUCUCGUGCCUAAUGUAGAUCAAGAUGGAGAGGCUUUUAUACCCAUCACUGAAUCACUGGAAACAGCACUGCGAUAUUUCCGCAAGCCAGAUGAGGUAAUAACGCUAUGGAUCGAUCAGAUCUGUAUCAACCAGGCAGAUAAUAAAGAAAAAGGCCAGCAGGUCGCGAUGAUGAGGAUCAUCUACUCAGCAGCGAAACAAGUACUUGUAUGGCUCGGUCCGGCUCAAGAUGGUUCUGACGAAUUGAUGGGCGCGUGGCAAGAUAUUGGUCAGAAGGCUCGGGACUUUGGACUGGAGAGCUACAUGAACCCGCAGAGUUACUCCCUCGUAUCAGCUUGGGGAAGGAACAAAAACCCAGCCGAUGAGACUGCCGUGGGCUUCCAAGAUUUGCUUGCACGUACCGUCGCUGUCUUUGCUCCCUUGCUAAAACAAAUGGCGCUGAAGAAAUGGUUCGAGAGACCAUACUUUUCACGAGUCUGGAUCAUACAGGAGUUCUGCUUAUGCCCCGAAACCAUCUUCGUGUGCGGCUCCAAGACAGUGGCAGUAGACCUUGUCAAACUGGCUGUUCUAAUGCUCCAGACAGCAAUGGCCAGUAUGCCUCAUCUCGACUUCGAGUUACUCCGACCUCCCGAGAUGCCUCUGGAUCGACUAGAGGAAGUAUUCUCCGAGCCAACAGCGCGGCUAUUUUCCUGCCGCUCACGACAUCAAAGACACGGUGACGACGGGUUGUUUGUGCUAUUACGUAGACUAUUCGUCGAGCUUGAGACAAAUGCUACUGAGCAUCGGGACCGCGUAUUUGCGCUUCUCGGUCUUGCUGUUGAUGUUGACAAGCUUGGGAUUGAGCCUGAUUAUGAAAAGAGCACGGAGGGAGUUCUGACAGAGACGGCUCGUGCGCUGAUUGAGGAGAGUGGUCGCAUUGAUGUUCUCUGCUUUUCACAGUUUCCGAAACUUCCUGAGCUUUCACUCUUGCCGACGUGGGUUCCUGACUGGAGAUCUAAUUUGCGUCGUUCGUUCUAUACUGUCAACGAGCGUAUGGAUCGGCACCUAUUUACCGCCUCGAGACAGGAUAGUGUCGUCGAGGUUGUUCAAGACCCUGACAACAAUCCGUAUGUUCUUGGACUUCGAGGCUAUACAGUUGACGUGAUCGAGGCAGUCGCGCAAGGUGGUGGCUGGCAGGACAUGAGCUUCGAUCACGAAGUGUAUCUCAGUUAUCUCUCCCAGAUACAAGAGCUAUGGCAGAUGUCCAUGAAGAAGCCUGAGCCUAUCCACGGCGACGAAACCCAGCAACGAAAGGAAGAGGCGCGGUGGCGCGUGCCUAUCGCAGAUAUCUACUGGACAUUGGAAGCAGACCAAGCCAGGGCGACAUCUGAUGUAGCAGCAUAUCACAAGCAAUUCCUACAAGAGCUGGAGUUGAUCAAGGAGAUGGUUCGAAUGGCUGCUACGGGAGAGGACUUUUCGCCGAAGCACCUUCAGUGGCAGGAGGAACAUCGAGCGGCAGGGACUAAACAUCACUAUCAGGAAAGCAUGAGUAAGAUGCAAGGAAAGAGGCCGUUUCUCACAAAAAUGGGAUAUCUGGGUAUGGGGCCCAUAGAGUGCAAAGCUGGUGAUACCGUUGCUAUUUUUUGCGGCGGACGAAUUCCUUUUGUAUUGCGUCCUGUGCAAGGAUCGAGCGGGCUUGGAGUGUUUUCUUAUAUCGGUGAGGCAUACUGCGACGGUGUGAUGGAUGGUCAAGUCACGGGGAAGAAGAAACAGACUUUCUGGCUUACUUGA